GUUGAUAUACCGUGAUGUCAAAUCAGACCUCACCAAGAAAGUUAGGUUUCAACCAAAUGAAGGAAGCAACAAAGAAGCGAGUGACAAAAAUGUAAAGGAUUAUGUGGAUAGUGUGAAGAUUUAUAACAACUACUGGGCAGAGGGGAACUCACCUCCUACAGUACAGGACAACACCACUGAGGACCAACAGCAGAGUAGAUGUACUGCAUAGUUAUACAGAAGUCAUGAACAGGACCUUCCAUUUUAACUGGAUUCAUACAUAGAGAGAAAAGGUGACAUACUGUGAUGUCUGAGGAUAUCUAUGCCAAACCAGACCUCACCAAGAAAGUUAGGUUUCAAAGAAAUGAGGCUGGCAAUGAAGAAGAGAGUGACAAAAAUAUAAAGGAUUAUGUGGAUAGUGUGAAGAUUUAUGACAACUUCUGGGCAGAGGGGAACUCACCUCCUACAGUAGAGGACAACACCACUGAGGACCAACAGCAGAUUAAUUCUGUCGAUGUGAAUUCAGAGAAGAGAAACUACGUCAAAACUGCUUUACUGCUCUUGGGACUGCUGUGUUUUCUCCUCCUGGUUGCUGUCAUUGUCUUAAUGAGCAUCAGCAUAGCCAGUUGGCGCUCAGAAAGAAAUCUGAGAAUGGAGCUUCAGGAAAGCAAUGGAAAUUUGGAAAGGUCUAAUCAGAACCUGACCAAAAGGAGCAGACUGUUAGAAGAUGAGAAAACCAACCUGACCAUUGAGAGAGACCAGUUAGAGGCAAUCAACACCAAUCUGACUAAAGAAAGAGAUGAGUUGCAUAAGCAGCUUCUGGAGGCAUCUUCUUGUCCUGAUUUUUGGACAAGGUUUGGUGGUCAUUGUUAUUUUAUUCCCAACUCAAAAAAAAACCUGGCAUGUCAGCAAACAGGACUGUGAAAACCGUGGUGCAACACUUGCAGUUGUAUCUAAUGAAGAGGAACAGAGAUUCAUCAGCUCAUUGAAGCGGCGUUUGUGGAUUGGUCUGAAUGAUCUUGAGGAAGAAGGUGUCUGGAAAUGGGUCAAUGGAGAAAAUGUUGGCAGAACGUACUGGAAACGUGGACAGCCGGAUAAUUGUUGUAGAGGAGAAGACUGUGGUGAGCUUUUGGGUCAAGAGAAGGACCCUCUGAUAAACUGGAAUGAUCGAUCUUGCAAACAGGAAGAAUUCUUCAUCUGUGAAAAGGCAUUUCAGUAAAAAUGUAUUUGACUCUUGUGACUGAUUUCACAUUUGUCUUCUUCUAAUGCAUGUAAAAUCAGAGUCAACCCCCCCAAAAAAAACAAACAAAUAAACAGAAAUGUUAC